AUGUUCUCACGGCAUAGAACCCAUACCCCUCCUUCUGGCUCUAAACACCACCACCACCACCAUCACCGCCACCAUCAUCAUCACCAUCACGACUCUCACCACAGCUCUGACGCGCCACGAGAACGACCGAGCGUCCCUGAACAAGAGUCGCGACACGACCCGCCGCUGAAAGGAUUAAUACAGAUUGAUCUUCUUGACAUCGAUGCCCCAGCCACCGGCAGACUUGAUAUUAAGAUUGGUGUGAAGAGGGUCCAUACACUUGACCACAUUGCCAAGUUCCUGAGAGCUAAAUUCGGUAAAGAUGCGUGCAAGGUGUGUCCCGACGACCAGAUUGAAUUUUUCCACGCACGAGAGCAGCUGCGUGGGGGUGAAAUACCUGACAACGUGUCUACACUAUGGUACAGGGUGCAGAGCCCUCGAGAUGAUGGUCUCUUCAAGGUGACAUGGAAAAAAGGCCACUAUCAAGUACAACUGUCUCAACAAGAGCUCAACAACGUGGCACAGGCCAUCGAGUCAGGUGCCACCUUGGGUCAACUGCGAAGUAAAGUGGCCUCGUUCUUACGCAUCGUAUGGGAACUCAAGGUUGAGCCGGACCAGGUUAUCAUCGAGGCUCUCGGUGGAUUUCGACCGGGGCCUGUCGAGGGAGACAACUGGGAGUGUACUAAAUUAAGGAAAUGGUUAUGCAGCCAUCUAUCCGUAAGCCUAGUGCAACCUCAUGACUUCUUUAUAUUCUGCGGAUAUAACGAACGAUACGUCUUGCAUAGGCCUAGUCUCGGUCCCAACGAGUCGGUGUUCGCAUACUAUAUCAAGAAGGCCUUGAAAAACCGAAUUCUCACGACUAUCUCCGAGUCAGGCGACCGCCCAAGCGAGAUCAGGACCCGAGACAUCAACCUCUACCAACGUGGUAAAUCCGUAAAGGAUAAUGCAAGUUUCUCAGCCGGUAAAGCGUUCGACUUCACAUUAAGUCGGGAUGUCGAAGGUGAAUUCAUCCAGGCAGAGGCGUGGCUCCUACCCCUGACAGAAACGUGCAGUAUCUGCGCGGAUGAGAAGCGAGUAUCGGAAAUGCCAGCCCAUGGGCGGAUCACGGGGAAUUGUCAACACAAGGCUACGGCCUGCAAGGACUGUGUCAGCCAGUGGAUUACUUCAAGCAUGGAGAGCGUCGCGUGGGAUCGUCUACGAUGCCCGGAAUGUCCGCAGAUGCUUGAGUUCAAAGAUGUUGAGAACUUCGCCACGAAGGACAUAUUCACUAAUUAUGACAGAUUAGCCACGAAGGCCGUGCUUGAGAGCGUGAAGGGCUUUCGAUGGUGCCUCAACCCUAAAUGCAACGCCGGAGAGAUUUUCCCGUCGACUUGCCAGAAAGCUAAAUGCCAUGUUUGUCAAAACGUUACAUGCGCGCGACAUAAUAUUCCAUGGCAUCGUGGUGAGACUUGCGAUCAAUACGAUAAGCGUACUCGCGCUCAACAGAAAAGCGCUAGGCUUUCCGAGAAGCACAUCAAGAAAAUCGCAAGGCCAUGCCCAGGCUGUAAGAAGAAUAUAAACAAGUACGCCGGCUGCGAUCACGUCACUUGUGUGUGUGGCCACGAGUGGUGCUGGUUGUGCUUCGCACCGUACACCAAAGACAAGGACAUGUUCCUUGAGUGCAAACAUAAGCCCGAAUGCCGCUACUUCAAACGAGCACCGGAUUGGGAAGGGCGUAGAGCCUUUCUACGGGCUCUUAACGGCGUCGAUAUACAUCCUCCUUUUCGUGAAAGGCCGGCUUUUGCGCGACCGAUACAGCGGCCCGGACCGGGAGAUGCUGCACUAAUAGGGGUAGUAGCAGAGGCGGAAGCCCAGGCUAUAAGGGCGGCGGCGGAGGCCAGGGCAGUGCCGAACCGGCCGGAGUCCCCCGAGCCAAGACCACCGGCCAACCUGUUUGAUGUCAUCAUGGAAAACGAUAACCACUUUGUCGACGACGAGCGUCGUCGGCAUGGGAUGCCUUUCAUGAACGACGCCUUACUCUUCAACAUCGCGCAGCUCAUAACCCGAAAUCGGUGA